CAGUACGCGCGUUUGGGUUUAUACAGUCUGCCAGGGAUACGAAGGGCACAAAGUAGAGAAUUUCCUCAAGUUUCAUGUGUUUACCUGGCGUUUUUUAAUAAACAGACUGAUCGCUGAUUCCUUGGUACAGUUCAUAUGGGGCGAAGCCGGUCUCGUAGCAGGUCUCAUGAGAGGUCCGCAAGUAGGAAAGGAAGAGCGCGAGGACCAGAAAAGAACCGUCGGAAGUCCAGGUCUUCAUCUUCAAGCUCUAGCAGUGCUAGUUUAAGCCCUCAUGCAUGUGUCUCUAAGAAGAGCACAGGUACAGUUCAUAUGGGGCGAAGCCGGUCUCGUAGCAGGUCUCAUGAGAGGUCCGCAAGUAGGAAAGGAAGAGCGCGAGGACCAGAAAAGAACCGUCGGAAGUCCAGGUCUUCAUCUUCAAGCUCUAGCAGUGCUAGUUUAAGCCCUCAUGCAUGUGUCUCUAAGAAGAGCACAGACCAGAAAACAGAGAAGAAAAAACAUAAAAGAAGAAGGAGUUCUUCGUCAUCAUCGUCGUCUUCAUCACGUAGUUCAUCAUCUUCCUCCACCUCAUCCAGUGAUGAAGAGGCCAAGAAGAAGAGAAAGCGCAGAAAGGCCAAAAAGCAACUUAAGAAAAUGAAAGCGAAGGAAAAGAAGAAAGAGAAGAAGGAAAGGAAAAGACUAAAGAAGAUGAAGAAAUUAGCGGCUAAAGCUGAGAAAGCAGCAAGUAAAGCACCACUUAUGAUUUCUGUUCCAGUAUCAGUUCAUGUAGAAAAACCCCAGUCAUGCUUAGAGACCUGGCAAAGUGAUGAUACUACAGAACAUGGUCCAGCGAUGACUGAUGAGCAGAAGGCUAGUUUUUCUACCAAGCGGCCUAUGACAAAGGAGGAGUAUGAAGCCAGACAGAGUGUCAUCCGUAGAGUCCUUGACCCUGCCACAGGGCGCACCAGGCUUAUAAGGGGAGAUGGAGAGGUUUUGGAAGAGAUUGUCAGCAAGGAGCGGCACAAAGAAAUCAAUAAGCAAUCCACCAAGGAGGAUGGUUCUGCAUUCCAGAAGAGGCUAGGAAUCAACAGGUAGAGCAGCAACGGAUCCACAUAAAAGCACUCAAGCCUGAACCCUAAGGAAUCUCAAAGCACAUCAUUAUCAUCAUAAUUAUGAUAGUUGUCCUUUAAUUUUCAUUGCCUUAGAUCCACAGAAUUUGUCAAAAGAUGAUCAGUCAAAUAUGUUAUUUGAGCAUUUGGCAUAUAAUGCAUAAGAGGUCAUAAAAGAUGCAGUUCCUAUAUGACAUUGGUUCACUUUUCUUUUUUCCAAAGCUACUUCUUGAAGAUCUUCAGAAUGCUGUGUACGUUUACAUUUGAUUUGGUAAUUUCUUCAGGUAAUAGUUCUUUUCAGGGCACAUACAGCAAUGCAGUGAUUCACUUUUGUGAUUGUUGAUUAGAACAACCCUCAACCCUCUAAGGAACAGUAUGACAAGGUCAUCCAUCAUGCGCUGACACAGGUCACAACAAAUGUAACAGCAUAAAUGAAUUAUUACUGGUGUGGUCUUACUGAA